AUGAAGAGGUUUCAUAUCGAAAACAAUGUCUCAAAUUAUGAUCAACCUUAUCAGACUCCAAUGAUUAUUUGGAAUGUGUAUGAAUGCAUUAUCAAUAAGAGAUGUCCUCCUGGAGAUUUAGAAAGCAGACCCUCACCUUUUCCAAAUUUAAAUGGAAGUACUGAAACUGGACAUCAAAUUAACAGCACAAAUAGGCUUCCCUUCAGCAAUUUAUCAGAAGACAUUAUCAACAGCUUCAUUGUCGUUGUCUGCCUGUUGGGUCUUCUCGGAAAUGGAAUUGUAUUUUGGAUUCUUGGCUUCCGCCUUAAGAGGAAUCAUUUCACCACCUACAUCCUGAACCUCUCCAUCGCUGACUUUGGUGUCCUCAUCACUCUCCUUAGUACUGCUACAUUUGCACUUGUAGUAACUUUGUAUAAUGUUCUCUCUCUGUUUUUUCUAUUAUUUCUUGAGUUAUUUUUCUUCACAUAUUCUACUAGUCAAUUUCUGCUGGCCGCCAUCAGUAUCGACAGGUGUGUGGCUGUCCUCUUCCCACUUUGGCAUCGAUGCCGUCGUCCACCACGUUUAUCCACAUUUGCGUGUGCUCUAAUAUGGAUCUUCUCCUUCCUGCUCUCUGGAAUUCACUUUACUCUGCAAAUGACUGGGAGAAUUGGAAAUGCCCCCUUAUUUUUUCAACUAAUCGUGAAUGCUCUGCUUUGCACCCCACUCAUGGUCAUCUCCACACUGACCUUAUUUAUUCAUGUCUGCUGUAAAUCAAAGCAAUGGCUGCAAGGGAAGCUUGUCACGGCCAUUUUGCUGGCGCUUCUCUUGUUCCUCCUUUUCGCUUUUCCAAUCAAUGCCUUCUACAUAAUUUACUCUUAUUAUGCGCCAAAUCCAAUUUUAAUGUUAGCUGGGUUUGCCUGUGCCUCUCUGAACAGUAGCAUCAACCCACUAAUAUAUUUCUUAGUUGGAAGUAGACAGAAGAAAGGUAAACUCAGAAUGUCAAUGAAGGUUGCAUUCCAGAGAGUUUUCAGUGAUGCAGAGGAAUUAAUAGAAGAGCAAAGUCAUAGCACAUAA